AACUUUCUCAAAACAUAAUUCCACUACUACAGGGAGCAACAGUGGAUCAGGGUCAGCCUUGGAUAUGAACGCCAGCCCUCUGGGUAUCUGCAUGGGGAGGAGACAGAAGGGCCACUAGACGUCAGCACCUUUCCACAUCCAUCCAGCUUCUGUUCGGCUGCUCUCUGUUAGAGAUUCGCCUUCCCAAAAGGAACCUACGAGAGAGAUUUUAAACGAACUCAGGCUGUUAUUUUUCUUAUGCAUUUUGCAGAGAAACUCUGAAGAAACUUUGUGUUCUGCAUCUUCCUGUAUCACCUUCAAAACAUUUUUUUCUAUGUUCAUUUUCAUCAAAUGAGACUCUCGGAUUGCACAUCGCGCCAUGUCCUUCUGUCGAACUGAAGUGGACCAUGAGGUUAUGGGACAUCCUGAUCACUUGUUUGAUUCUGCACAGUGCAGGCAGGCUCAGCUCUCCUAUCCGGGGCCAACAGCGGUCUGCGUCUGCAGAGAGUCCCCUGGAGGCCCCCCCGGUUCAGCUCCGCUGGCCCCUCAUCUCUCCGGACAUUAACCCUGCAGAGGCAGCAGGCGAACUGGACUCAGGAGAAAAAUAUUCCAUUGAAGAGCUUAUCCAAAAUGAUAAAAAUGCUAUGGAUUUCAUCAAAGUAGUGAUCAAUAGAGUGCGCCGAUCCUCCUCAGCAGAGUCUUUCUCUACCUCCUUCUCUUCCCACCUCAGCGAAAACUGGAUCCGGAGGACUCGGCACAGAAGGAAGAGGAAGAAGGGAGCAAAGCUGAAGAGAGGCAAAGAGGAGAAAAUAGAAAAUAAAGGAGUCAAAAUGAGUGGGAGGAUUGGAAGAGGAGGAGGUGGUGGACGAGGACAGGGCUGCGUGCUCCGACAGAUUCACCUCAACGUAACAGACCUGGGCCUGGGCUACAGCUCCGGUGAGGAAAUGAUAUUCAGAUACUGUUCAGGACCCUGCAGAAAGUCAGAAACCAACUAUGAUAAAAUCCUGUUUAACCUGGUCAACAAAAGGAAACUCCCCGCCAAAGACGUGCCCCUGCAAGCCUGCUGUCGGCCAAUCGCGUUUGACGAUGACCUCUCCUUUCUGGACGACAACCUGAUUUACCACACUGUAAGGAAACACUCUGCCAGGAAAUGUGGCUGUGUGUGAAUUUAUGUCACAUAGAAUAGGAUUUAGGCUAUUAGUUAUACUUCAUAUUUUUACAUUAAAACUAUGCUGCAUAAUGUGAUUGUAAAAGUCAACAGGUGGCAGUAUUAGUUGUUCUGUUUAAUGAUUAAGUUCUUUUACACCUAAUCUGCUGCAAAGACAAUGAACUCUCUAAUGGUUACAGUUUUCAAACUACAUAUUUGAUACUAAAAAGGAAGAACUGGCUACUAGUGACAUCCUCUUGAAUAUGUCAGUCACACAUGAAAAACGAUUUAUAAAAUGUAUAUUGUUUUAACUUAUUGACAUAUUUAUUUCCCUUUAUAAAGGUAUAAAUGCUAUUUAUUGCUGUGAAUGGAUAUCCUCAAAUAUUUUAACAUGUUAACAUAAGAGUUUCUAUUAUAGGAGGUGAUGUUUAGGGUUCUUAGUUGAUCUGCACAGUCGAGUAAGGAUGCUGUUUUUUUCUCUUUACAUCAUUUGGCUAUCAGUCUUUCAGUUAUGGUUAUAUAUAAUGCAGGUUUAUCAAGUUUAAAGGAUUUGUUUUUCCAUCAAUAAAGAAAAUACAAUUUUAAAGUGAAGCAAACAAAAAUCUGAUUUCUGUUAAAUGGGGAUCUGUAAAUAAAAGCACAUUUGCUCUAUUAAGGUAUAGGGGAAGAUUCCCUUUCUACUAAACCAUGUAGUUCAACCAUUUCUAUGGGUUUUUGAUAUGUAGUUGUAUUUAACCAAGCUUAGAAAAUGGGUCAGCCCAAUCUGCUUUUAGAUUGAAAUUCCCGUGUAUUUAUUUUUAACUUUACUAUCAGUGCAGUGAAUAUUUUGCCGUUGAUAUUUUUUAAGUGUCCCUCUGCAUCAACAAUCUGUUCUUACAGACUAAAUUUGUAACAUUCCAGAAUUUACCCAGGGUGUGUAAUGACAGAAGAGCCACACUUUGGAGCCCCUUUUGUAAAUUUGCUGCUAUCUAAACUAUCUAAUGCUUGAAAUAGCCUUAAUAUUUGCGUCUUUCUAUGACACUUUAAUCCAUUUUUGUCAUGCUUAUCGCUGCUGGGGUGGCGAGAGGUACUGGUGCCUAUCUCCAGCUGUCAGCGGGCGAUAGGCAGGGUACCCCAUGGACACCAGUCUAUCGCAGGGCAACCAAGAGACAAACAAUCAUUCAUGUACAUACUUACACAUACCGAGAAUCUAGAAUAGAAUAGAAUAGAAAAUCCCUUUUUUGUCCCCCAAUCGGGAAAAUGUGGUUUUACAGCAGCAAAAGGAUUAUAGAAAAAAUUAUCACACAAAUUUGGACAUUAUAAGAGUGUGUAAAAUAACAUAAUAGUGAAGAGUGAAAAAAAUAUAUGUAUAUAUAAAUUACUGUACUGUAAGGUGUUAUAAAUACCGUGUACCUGGAGAAUAAAUAACCAAUGUACAGCUGUGGGCAUUUUUACAGUAAUUCAAUUUUAAAACAGCAGCAAUGUCAGAUAUGUGCAAAAUGACAGCAGCCUGUUAUUUAGCUGACUAAGAGAUACAAACUAUGCAAAAAUUGGCAUGAAGGUAACUUAUUGAGCUUGUUAAAAAUAGUAAUUAUUAUAAAGAGCUGCUGGGUGGAAGGGCCUGGGAUAAUGCUAACUGUUGCAUUUAGGGGGCAGCAACCGGUCACUGAAGGAGCUUUCCAGUUCUGCAACAGUUUCAUGCAUGGAGUGAAAGACAUCAUCCAACAGAGUUGUUAAUUUAGUUAGGAUCCUUUUGUUUACCACCUCCAAUUACAGAGCUAGCCUUCCUGAUCCGCUUAUCAAGCCGCUUUCUCUCAGCUACAGAUAAGCCACUGCUUCAGCAGUCAGCUCCAUAGAAGAGAAGCCAAUAGAAAAGCCAAUUAACCUAACAGUCAAGUUUUUGGACCGUGGGAGGAAGCCGGAGUACUCUGAGAGAACCCAUGCAUGCACAGGCAGAACAUGCAAACUCCAUGCAGAAAGACUACAGGCCGGGAAUCGAACCCAGGACCUUUUUGCAGCAACGCCACCCACUGUGCAAAAAUCUGACAAAUAUAGAAUUCCUUUUAGAUUAAAUACAUCCCAAAAAAAUUAUAAAAGCAGUAGAAAGAAAAUAUUUUAGAAACACUGAAACCAAAGCCUAUCUGACUGGAGUUAGAAAUAAGUUAGAGCUCUGUCCCCUUUACUGACCUCUCUUCUAGAGUUGCGUAAGAAGCCUUAAAAUAAAUAAACUUGAAAACUUUAAAAACUAAAGCCCAUUUUAAAAUCCGUUGCUAUUCACAAAAAUUGCUAAUAUGAAUUAGUUUGAGGACUUGGACAGAAGAAUGGGUUCUGCUAUAUGUGUUAAGGGGGCCAUUUUUUAUUGAUUUGUUCAGUUAUAGUUUAUUUGCAGCUUCUGUAAUAUUGUCUUCUACCAUGUCCUGCUUCACUCUGCUCUAGUAAAAAAAAAAAAAAAAA